AUGAGGACGCGACCAACCGUUGAUCCCGCCGGCCGUCCGCCUCCUCCCGGAUCGAGAGCUGACCUUGACGCCCUGGCCGCGCUCCUCACCGCCAACCCCUCCCUCGCCCGCCCUGCCAUGCUCGAUCUACGACCGAAGGGCAAUGCUAGGAAAGGAGGAAGGAUGCGGCAGCCGGCUAGGCGCCUGCCGGGCGCUCGCGCCCCUUCCCCUCGGCGCGCAAGCCGGCGGCCGGCCGGGCGUACACGCGCCCACGCCCGUCCCUGCCGUCGCCAACCAGAGCGGCUGCGGCCAGGCGGACAGCCGGUGCCGGCAGGAGGUCGGGGCGGCCUGGAUCUGCCACCCCCUACAGCCGGUGCUGCGUCACUCAAUCCGUGUGACGAGGAGAUUGGCGCGGACGACGAGGAGACACACUUCCAUGCGCCCUGCCACAAAGAACUGCGCAGUCGUGGGGUGACCCCUGGGACGCCGGCGCCCGCGGCGUGGCGCCCCCACGCGGUUGGGACGGGGAGGAGGCGGGCGGGCUUCAAGGAGAUGCUCGUGGCGAGGAGGGGCGACGGGUUCCAUUGCCUACUGUACGACGGCAUCAAGGCGGAUGCAACGGAGAGGAAGCAGCGGAAGCAUCCGUGCAACAUCUGGGAUGUGGAAGUCAGAGAGGAGAGGAGGAUUCAGUUGCUCGUCAGCAGGUAUUCGUAUUUCUGCUCCUGCCAUUUCAGGCUUUCUCUGAUCAUAUACCCUGCUUACAUAAUCACAACGCCAAGAACAUGA